AUGUCACAAGCAGCGUUUAUUGACAUUGGCGAUUUCGAUGAAAAAGAUGUAAAUUUAGAUGAACCGCCUCGGUCCAUCACUGAUUAUCUUCGUCAGGUGGUAGUAAGUCGAAGGCGUUUGCCCGAAGUGGUGACAGCGAAAAUGCCCAUCGAUGAACCUUCCAAACAGCUGUAUGCUUCGACAUCUGACCCUUUAGAUGAUAAUUGGUGCAAAUUGAAAUUUGAUGAAUAUAUGGAAAAUCGAGCUCGUAUAGAAUCAUUAAGGUCUUACUGCAAAAAGCUGCAAAAAAAAUUUCCUGUUUUGGAUGAUUAUGAAGGUUGGUGUAAAUUCUGCAUGGAAAUUAGAGACGAUUCCAUUCCAUUAAAUGUGAAGGAUGUCAAUCUAUUUAAAGAUCAUAAAGGCAAUCCGCCAACGCUGAGCCUUGUUUUAACGUUGAAUUUUCUUCAAAUUCGAAGCAUUCUAAAACAUCUCUUCCACUUCUUUCUGGAAAAUGGUUAUUCGAGAGCUCUAUAUCAAUGGAUUUAUGCAUUAUUAUUAGUUGUUGAUGAAUCUUUCAAUUGGGACGAUGUUGGCUUACUUGAAAAAGUAUUAAUUGUUAUGAAUAAUUUGCGCAAAAACAAUAAAAACAGUGAUAAUUUGACGAGAAAUGAACUUGCAUUUAUUCCUGUUAUUAUAAUUAUUAGUAAAAGUGCUUACACAAAAUAUAUUGCAAAUGAAGGCAUAUCUCAGUCUAUUCUCGCAAAAUAUCUUUUUGCUUUUUAUCGCAUUUAA